AAUUGUUCUGAAUGAAUGGUCUGUCAGCGCUUUCAAGCAGUGCUUCUGCGUCUUGAGUGCAGUGUUCCUAGGGAUACUGUAGGGGCGUGUCGUGUGGAUCAUGAUCAUCUUUACGCGAAUGUGUGCAGAGGGAAAACACGUACGUUUGUAAAAAAUAAUAUGUACAAUACGAUUUGAUGCUAAAGCUAAUUGCCAGUGACGAACUCAACUGUGAAGAACAGAUCAGCUCCGAUUGUUUGACUGUUUGAAGCUGCACCAACCAAUGGCACCGAUUGACAGCGCGAAAUAAACAUAGAACAGUCGUGGCCCGUGGCUCGCCAAACUGCAAACGCACUAUGCGACGAGAUGGACAAAGAAUGAUUUCUAUGUCUGAUGAAUUUUGGAUUAUCACGGUGUUUAGGUGAACAAGGCUACUGUCCGGUGUUGACAUCUCGUGAAUUAUGGCAGUUCUGUGUGGAAUCAUAUUUCUGUUUUGGUUAGUGGAUGAGUGCACAGCUUCCAAGAAGUACUGCUGGUAUUUUGAAGGAGGCUACCCAAUCUAUUUCAUAUGCCGGUCGUAUGAGGACUGUUGUGGGACGCGGUGCUGUGUCCGAGCUCUCUCCAUCCAGAGACUAUGGUACUUCUGGCUCCUGCUGAUGAUGGGCGUAUUGUUCUGCUGUGGGGCAGGGUUUUUCAUCCGCAGACGCAUGAACCCCUCCCCACUUCCUGAGGACACCUUCAAUGUGUCAUUCACCAGACACCCAAUGACAGCUUCAGGACUGCAGCAGCCCGGCAUGCAAAACUAUGGAGCCUCAGGAGGGAUGAUACUCACACCUACAUACCCCAUACAAGCCCAUCCCCACCCAGUCCACCCCUCCCACAUGGCAGCACCCUACCCACACCCUCCCCCUCCCGCCUACUGCAACCUCCCUCCUCCACCCUACGAACAGGUGCUGCAGACCUCGGAAAAGAGGUAACCAGGAGGAAAAAGACAUUGGAAUUAAUUAAAUGAUUUCAAACCCUUUAGAGUUCUCAACCCUGCCACAACUGAGUGCAGAGAUGGGUCACUGGCCCACGUUCGAGUAGAAAGCGAGUCUGGUAUGGUAAUGGAAUAGCAUCUCGGUGGUUAAAACGUCCAUGCUCAUUAAGGGCUGGUUUCCUGGACACAGAAUAACCCUGAUCCUGGACUAAAAAGCAUGCAUUGAAACAUGUAUUAUAAUAGCUUUUUAGUCCGGGACUAAGCUUAGUCUGUGUCUGAGAGCAGCCUCAGUUUGAAUCACAAUGGGUUUGUCUCAGUGUUUGUUUUCAUGUCACCUCUAAGAUGUCGACCAGAGGUGAGACCCAAUGGUAUAAAACAGACAUGGAUCCAAACAGUUUGUCUAUUAACAACUAGCCUGCCUGCCUGCAUGGUGCUCUGUCAACAACACUGUGUCAGCUGGAAGAGCAGCAUCUAUCUGAGCAUAACUCAGAUCACCCACUCAGGAUACUGUAUUAUUGCCCACUAUAUGUUAUGUUUUUAAUAUCACUGCUGUCAGAGCAUUUAGUAUCUCUAGUACAGAUCAGUAGAUUAGAUCAGUAGCAUUUAGUAUCUCUAGUACAGAUCAGCAGCCUAGUACAGAUCAGUAGAUUAGAUCAGAUUAGUAGCCUAUAAUACUGUGGACAUACUGUAGAAAUACCAACUCUGUUUCCCUUUGUGUCCCUCAAAAUUAAUUUUGUGUAUGUCUUCCAGUGGAGGCUGCGGAGGGGAAAACGGAAAUGGAAUGGCAUCAAACACAUGGAAACCAUGUUUGAUGUAUUUGAUACCAUUCCACUGAUUCCACUCAAGUCAUUACCACGAGCCCGUUCUCUCCAAUUGAGGUGCCACCAACCUCCUGUGAUGUCUUCUAUAUUUUAUUAAAGUAGUGUUGCCAAUAAUCUAUGCAAUUUGCUAAUGAAUUCAGAUGUAGAUUGUGGUUGUUGUUUCUCACAAUGUUUUCACGGUAUCCUGAAUUAGCAUAGUACACAGUUAACAUGUAUCACCAGCUUGCCUAAUAAAGUUUGGCUCUGGGGUAAGUGA